CGCGCCUCGUUUCUCCGUCCGUCCCCCACCUCGCCUCAUUCAUUCCUCCCCACCCGCAAAAACCAGAUCUGCACUCCGGCCUUGCCUCUUCUCUUCUUGGGCCGAGCCCUAGCUCUCUCUCUCUCACUCACUCCCGGAUCGCCACCACCACCACCAUCUCCCCCGCCUGCUCCUCCCGUAAAUUUUGCGACUCCCUGGCACUAGUCUACCAGCAUGGCCGAUGAAGCUGGCAAUGACAGUCAGGUGGUCCAAGGUACUGAGACUGUUGACCCAAGUAAUGAGGAAGGCCAUGAGGAUGAAAUGAUCCAAGGCAAUGAGUUGGUCCAAGUUGAUGAAAUGACUCAAGGUGAUGAGAUUGGUCAAGGUGAGGAGUUGACACAGGGCGAAGAGUUGCUCCAAGGGCAUGAAUUGGCCAUCGCUGAGGUGGCCACCCCUCCAACCACGAGGCGCAGGAAAAAGAAGUCCCUAGUGUGGGAGCACUUCACUAUUGAGGAUGCUGCUGGAGGGGCCACUCGGGCAUGCUGUAAACUGUGCAAGCAAACCUUUGCUUACAGCUCUGGUUCAAAAAUUGCAGGGACCAGCCAUCUCAAGAGGCACAUCACCUUGGGUUCCUGUCCUAAGAUAAAAAGCCAAGAGCAUAAGAUAGCACUGGCUUCAACAAUUGGAACUGACAAUGACGGUGAUGGUACCGUGGAGAGGCGGUCUAAGAGGCGUUACAGAUAUACUGGUUAUGCAAAUGCGUCUUUUGAUCAAGACCGCAGUUGUUCCUACCUGGCAAAGAUGAUCAUUUUGCAUGACUACCCACUCCACAUUGUUCAGCAGCCAACCUUCACUGCUUUCAUUGAUAGUCUGCAGCCCCGUUUCAGGGUUGCUGAUGUCGACACAAUGGAGGUGGAGGUGUAUGCUGUUUAUCAAAAAGAAAAAGAGGGUCUCUUGCAAGCAUUGAGCACUAUGCCUGGAAGGAUCAGCCUCACUAUUGGAUUGUGGACAACUAGUCAAACUCUUGGCUACGUUUCACUUGCUGGGCAAUUCAUUGACUCUGAAUGGAAAUUACAUCGAAGAAUGCUUAAUUUCAUGAUGGUGUCUUCGCCUCAUUCAGAGAAUGCACUCAGUGAAGCUAUUAGUGCAAGUCUUACUGACUGGAGUAUGAAGGAUAAGCUAUUUACCAUCACAUUGGAUAAUGAUUGCUCAUCACAUGAUAUCUACAGUGCGAAUCUGAGAGACCAUCUCUCCAGUAAGAACGACCUCUCGCUUAAGGGCCAGCUAUUUGUUGUGAGGUGCUAUGCCCACAUCCUGAAUGCAGUUGCACAAGAUGUCAUUGCUUCUAUCCAUGGUGUCAUCUACAAUAUCCGUGAAAGCAUAAAGUUCAUAAAAGCUUCUCCUAAUCGCGAGGAAAAGUUUGCUGAGAUUGCUCUGCAGCUGGAGAUCCCCAGUACCAAGACCCUUUGUCUGGAUGUUACAACCCAGUGGAACACCACCUAUUUGAUGCUCUUGGCUGCCUUGGAUUAUAAGCAGGCUUUCACUCAACUAGAAACAUGUGACGAUAACUACAAUGAAGCACCUUCAUUUGAGGACUGGAAAAAAGUUGAGGCUGCCUGCAACUACUUGAGGCUGCUGUAUGACUCGGCUCACAGCAUAAUGGCAGCGGGAAACCCAACCUCAAACAUUUUUUUCCAUGAAGCUUGGAAACUUCAGCUGGAGCUGGCAAAUGCUUCAGGACAUGAAGAUCCAGUUUUCAGUACCAUUGCCAAAGAUAUGCAUGAGAGGUUCGACAAGUACUGGAAGGAUUGCAACCUCGUGUUAGCUGUUGCUGUUGUGAUGGAUCCGCGUUUUAAGAUGAAACUUGUUGAGUUCAGUUACUCGAAGAUUUAUGGCGUCGAGGCUGCAAAGUAUGUUAAGGUGGUAAAUGAUUCAGUGCAUGAGCUUUUUAAGGACUAUGUAGCACAGCCACUCCCUGAGCAAGGAGCAACUAAUCAUGCAGCUGCCAAUGGGAAUAACACCCAUGCAAAUCAUCCUUCAACUGGUGAUGGUCUUCUAGACUUUGAUAUGUAUCUUUCUGAGAUUGCCACAAGCCAGCCCUCAAAAUCUGAACUUGAGCAGUACCUGGAUGAAUCCCUCACUCCACGUAUCCAAGAGUUUGACAUUCUGAACUGGUGGAAGCUUAACACACUCAAGUUCCCAACGCUCUCAAGGAUGGCACGUGAUAUCUUGGCAAUUCCGAUGUCCAUGGCGACCAACGGCAGCUCCAUAUUUUCUGCAGGAACAGGAACCCGCAUGCUCGAUGAUUACAGAAGCUCGCUCCGUCCCGAAAUCGUGGAGGCGCUUGUCUGCGCGAAGGACUGGCUUCCGUAUUCGACCACUGCACCGGAGGCGCCGAGUUCUGGGCUGCUUGGCAAGAUGGAGUAGGCUCUCUUCCUUGCUGCUGGGGCAUGCAUAUAUUUCAGGUACCUAUGGGCGGUCUUUAACUGUAGGUGUAUUUGGGCCAGAGUUUGUGAAGUGACUCUGAUCAAUGUCAUUGGUUCUGUCCUAGAAUGUAAUUUGAUGUGUAGAACUCUGUUAACUCCUCCAUGCUGUUAUGUACCCUUUCCUGUGCUGUGUAACCUGUGUGUUGUUGUAAUAUGUGACCAGAGAUAUUUAUCUGCUGUUGCUUGUGAUUGGUCGUGGACAAGCAAAGUAAUGUAUUAGCAUGUGGCAUAAGAUUGCGCUUCCGCUUUUCUCUCCAGUAUAGAAUUUUGUU